AAGGACCUUAUUUGUUAUCAUACUUAGCAUUAUGAUAAGUCUGGUUUGCGAGCGUCGCUUGUCAUAACGAAAUCUUCUGUACUUUUGGUCGAAAGCUUGCUGCUGUGUUGUGGUGCUGAUGGCAGUUCUGAAACUAUGAUAAGAUGAAACGAUAUGGAAAUGCUACAUGUGGGCAUUUCCCACAAGCUAGCUGUAGCUAACGGCUAGCUAGCUGCUAUGUUAUGAUGAGGACAGACAGUAGCGAGCGGAAAGAUGCUUAAAAGAGGAGAAAGGUGCUAUACAGGUAUAAAAUGUACAUGGAGGCGGUGAAAAUGGUCACAGCUGGCUAAGGUUCAUCCACUGACCUAAAAGGUACCGAACCAGCUUCAACCACAGAGGCGCCAUGAAAGCAGAGGGUAGGGCAGAGUGUGCAGGUGAGACUCUAUUUGAGGACCUGGACUUUCCCUCUGAUCUUACAUCGCUGCUCUCUGACAGCUCCACGCCCAUCGCCAGGCUGCAGGGAGACAUCACCUGGAAGCGCCCACAGGAGAUCUGUCAGUCACCAGCUCUCUUCCCUGAAAACAUCAACUUGGCUCAUGCAAAACAAGGCCUGUUAGGAGACUGCUGGUUUCUCUGUGCAUGCUCCGUGCUGCUCAAGAACAAACAUCUUCUGAUCAAGGUGUUGCCUCCAGACCAGCCCCAGUGGGGUGAUGGCAGGUACAGGGGCUCCUUCCAGUUUCACUUUUGGCAGCAGGGACACUGGACAGAGGUGACCAUCGACGACCGCCUGCCCUGUAUCAAUUCAGCUGUCUGCUUCUCUCGCUGCCACUCCUCCACUGCCUUUUGGGUAGCCCUAUUGGAGAAGGCCUAUGCCAAACUUCAUGGGUCAUAUGAGCGACUCUGGGCAGGGCAGGUCUCUGAGGCAUUGGUGGACUUGACUGGGGGCCUGGCAGAGCGCUGGAGCUUGGCAAACGUUGAGUCAGAGGAGGAGCAGAGACCAGAACAGGACAGUGACCAGGGCAGGAGGAGAAGGCUGGAUCUAAACCUUCUCUACCCGGUGAAAGAUGACUGCACGCUUAGCUGUUCCACUCACAGCAGCCAUGGAGGUGCCAGUGAGCUGGGUCAGUACCAUGCUCUGACUAUCAUGGAGUGGUUGGACGUGAAGACGGUGUCGGGGAGUGAAGUGCAGCUUCUCAGGAUCAGAAACCCCUGGGGGAGGUGCUGCUGGGGAGGAGCCUGGAUAGAAGGUGGUGCAGGGUGGAACUCUGUCGACUCUGUUUGUGCUUUGGACCUACAAGCCAGGGUGGCCGAGGGCGAGUUCUGGUUGGAUGAGACAGAAUUCUUGUCCCAGUUUGAUGAUAUCACAGUGGGCUACCCUAUCAGUGUGGAGGGACACCUAAAAAGUUUAUAUACUGGAAAUCUGCUUACACACAGCCAUCAGCUGGCUGGACAGUGGGUGAAAGGGCACUCUGCUGGUGGUAGUCGAAACAGCAGCAGCUACAGCACUAACCCCAAGUUUUGGCUCAAAGUGUGUGAGAAAGGAGAGGUGCUGGUAACCCUGCUGCAGCAUAGGAAGUGGAGGAACACGGACAAAUAUGCACAAACGCCUCUUGAGGACAGCGAGAACACAAAGCACCAGCAUUACCAGGCUAUCGCGCUACACAUAUGGAAGGUGGAGAAGAAGCGCUUUAAUCUGAGCAGGAUGUUAAACAAACCUCCUUGUGCUUCUACUUACUGCCACACCUAUGAGAGGGAGGUGGUGCUCCAUGAGCAGCUGGAGCCUGGAUUCUACCUACUGAUCCCAAGUACCUACCAGCCAGGAGCUGAGGCCCGCUUUCUCAUUAGGGUCUUUUCCUCUUCAUCCACAUCCUUCAGUGCCCUGAAGAGCCCAGCACCUUCACUGCCUUCAACAACAGAUGGAGAAUGGGAGACAAGUUACUUCCGGGGCUCGUGGGUGGAGGGAAGCACAGCUGGAGGAAGCAGGAACUUCCUGUCUCACUGGCAGAACCCCUGCUUCCCUUUUACAUUGUGCGAUGAGCCAGUAGUGACAUCAGAAGUUAAUGUCAGCAUUACCUUGCACCAGAGCCGCCCCAACACUGACCUGCACCCUAUUGGCUUCCACAUUUAUAAGGUCCUAAUAGAGGAAUCUGGGCAGACGUUACCCAGAGAGGAUCCUGUGGCCAGCUGUGUCCCCCACUGCUACAUCCAGGACGCCAGCUUGUCCUGCUGUCUUCCUCCUGGAGCUUACACCAUAGUGCCAUCCACCUAUCAGCCUGACUGCUCGGCAGACUUCACCCUCAGCCUGGCUCGCAGAAUACACAGGAAAGUGGUGAAAAGCCAGGAGAGGCUGGGCAGUGCCAUUCGAGAGGUCUCUCACAUCUCUGUGAUGCAAAGCUAGUUCUCUGGGACUUUUACUGCUCCACUGACGUCGGCUCACCUCCCCGUCCCUCUUGGCCCAUGAUGAAAGAACCAGUUCUCCCAUCCACCCGCAUCAUGGAGACUUGUGUGUGUGCGUGUGUGUGUAUGUAUGUGUACCACGAGUGGCUGAGAAGGCAGGCAGAGAGAUUUAGUGGGAAUGUAUGUGUCGGGACUCCUAGAAACCCCUUUAUCCUGAACCGCUGAGGCUCAGGGUUGAUGAGCAGCCACACACUCAUCAGCGAUUAGGACAUCAGAGGUUGUCGGUGGGCUGGGCUGCUAAUGAAGUAUGACGGGACUGGCUGGUGUAAACAAACAGCCGCCAUUGAAGAGGGCCGCCACUGCUGUUGCUCAUUCACUCACUGGUGCGCCUGCCGGCCCGGAACAAAGGGCCCUCUCAUGAAGGUCCUCACAGAGGCACAGGGGGCAAUGGGCGAGGGGAUGGUCUCCGACUGUAUAGCCAACCAAACCACACCACACCAUACCGUGCCAUACCAUGCCAGAGUUUUCCAGCCAUCCCUCAACCCCAGACACUCCUUAUCUAUCUUGCAGCUUUUGUCUCCAGAGUUUCCUCACAAGCCUUUUUGCAAACCUUCAUCCUCAAACUUGCCCUCAGUAACACUAAAGUCAGACUGGACCUAAAGAUGUCCGCCUGGUUGCUGACUCCAUCCUCAGCCCCCAGCUCCCUUUCUGUCCCCCUCAGACUCAGUCCACAGCUCUGCUUGGACCUGAACAGAGACACUGUUUGAAACAGCCGCAAGAACAGAUGACAGGCGGAGGGAUGGAAGGGAUGAAACAAGGGAUGCGGCACAUCAGAAGAGACCGGCUCAUAUGAAGAAGCCGCCGGUCCUUUUUAUGUUGAGGCUGCUGUAUGUGUGGUGGUGGUGUGUGUGUGCCUGCUUGUACACAUGUCUGUGUGCACUGAAGUCACAGGGUUUCUGAUUAUUGCUGCACUGGAGCCACUGUUUACAGAGACUAUGAUUAACUGAUAAGAUUGGUACUGUAAUGUGUAUUUAUUACAUUUGAGAGCCAUCUAUAUGAGAAGAAGAAUAAAAAAACGUAUGUCAUGA